AUGUCCAAGAGAAGGGGGAGGAGUGUUGACCAGGCGGUAGGAAAGCCUACCUACUCCUGUAUAACCGCUUUUAAUUCUCCUCUUCAUCUACCUCCUCCUACCAAUUUUAAACUUUCCUCCUUCCCUUAUUUUCCUUCUCUCUCUCUCCCUCUACAUUGUUUCACCUCAUCUUCCUCCUCCUUUCAAAUUAUUUUUCACUUUUCAUCAAGUUUUAUUCUCCUCACCUGUUUGCUUAUCUACUGUUUCUUACCUUGUUUUCCAUCUUCACUCGCUUCUUUUCUUCUAAUAAUUUUAAACUGCCACCUCUCUUUCUUUCUUCAGUCUAUCUAUCUCUCUCCAUUUUCCUUAUCUUCUCCUUUUACUAAUUUACAUUUAAUUCCCCCCUCAUACUAUUCCCACAAUCCCCACAUCAUUUUCUCUUUUCUGUCAACUAUAUCUGUCUAUCUCUUCCACUUCUCUUUCUCCUUUUUUUCUUUUCUUUGUUUCCUCGUUCUCUUUUACUUCAUCGGAUCUUUUUUUCUCAUUUCUCAGUCGCCUCAUUUAUUCUCUCUCUCUCUCUCUCUCUCUCUCUCUCUACGUCUAUUUUCUGUUUUCUCUUUCCAUUUAUUUUUCCUGGUGUGA